AUGGAUCUGACUAAUAUUCCUGAAGAUUUAUCCAGUUGUCCAAAAUUUGGAAAUAAAUCCUGUCCUCCCACCAACCGCACUUUCCAAGUCCGAGUGAUAAUGUACUCGCUUAUGACCAUAGCCAUAGUUAUCACUGUCUUUGGAAACCUGGUUAUAAUGAUUUCCAUUUCUUAUUUCAAACAGCUUCAUUCUCCCACCAACUUUCUGAUCCUCUCCAUGGCAACCACGGAUUUCCUGCUGGGCUUUGUCAUCAUGCCGUACAGCAUGGUGCGAUCCGUGGAGAGCUGCUGGUAUUUUGGGGAUGGCUUUUGUAAAUUCCAUGCGAGCUUUGACAUGAUGCUAAGCCUGACCUCCAUCUUCCAUCUGUGUUCCAUUGCCAUUGACCGAUUUUAUGCUGUCUGUUACCCUCUGCACUACACGACCACAAUGACGUCCUCCAUGAUAAAGCGACUGCUGGCAUUUUGCUGGUCAGCCCCUGCUCUAUUUUCUUUUGGUUUAGUUCUAUCUGAGGCCAAUGUUUCGGGUAUGCAGAGCUAUGAGAUUCUUGUUGCCUGCUUCAAUUUCUGUGCCCUUACUUUCAACAAACUUUGGGGGACAAUAUUGUUCACUACAUGUUUCUUUACUCCUGGCUCUAUCAUGGUUGGUAUUUACAGCAAAAUCUUUAUCGUUUCCAGACGACAUGCUCGAGUCCUCAGCAACAUGCCUGAAAACACAAAGGUUGAUGUGAAGAAAAUCCUAUCUAAGAAAAAGGACAGGAAAGCAGCUAAGACCUUGGGCAUAGUUAUGGGAGUGUUUCUAGCUUGCUGGUUGCCUUGUUUUCUUGCUGUUUUGAUUGACCCAUAUUUAGACUAUUCCACUCCCAUAAUAGUGCUUGAUCUUUUAGUAUGGCUUGGGUACUUCAACUCCACUUGUAACCCCCUCAUUCAUGGGUUUUUUUAUCCAUGGUUUCAGAAGGCUCUUAAAUAUAUGGUGUCAGGAAAAAUAUUUCGCUCCCAUUCAGAAACUGCCAAUCUGUUUCCUGAAGCACAUUAAUAAAAAGUCCUUAUGAAAAUGAAUAUGGUAUUCAAAAUGAGACUGCUAUGAUUUUGGCCUGCAGCACAUGCCUUAC